GUGCGACGGGAGUGCGGCGCCCCCACGCACUACGAAUCCACUUCUGCUAAGGAGAACCACACCCAGGAGACGCCAGCCGAGGAGGAGCACAGCGUGGAGGAGCGGGCCACCAGCAGCGUGCUCGACGCCGCCAGCGCGACCCUGCGAGCGGUGGAGGCGGCCCGCGAGUGGUGGGCUGGCGUCGCCGACAACCACUGCAAGGACCUCCCCGCUAAAGACGACCACUGCUGGAACGGCGUGCGAGUAGCUCCGUACACCAAGAUGACAGCGGGCGUGGGCGUGAGUGCUCAGAAGUACAACUCGGAGGUCCGCGUGGGGCGCCCCGACACCAGCGUCUACGCGUUCGCCGACAGACUGCGAGGAGUUAGAAGGCUCGUGCUCUCCUACCUGACGUGGCUCCCGAAGGCCGACUCCCAGAAGCGCCGCCCCUACUACGACGGCUCCGGCUCCGGCGGCUACGGCAGGGAGUGGAACCAACCCGGAGGCCCUUCUGACGACGAGGACGAAGGGGACUACUUCGGCUCCGGAAUCGGCUCCGGGGACAUGGUCUUCAUCACUCCAGUCACGAAAACAGAAGCAACGGAUCAGACUCAAGGUGCCUCGACCGCCCAGCCCUUGAGCUAUUUCACCGUCAGCGUCUUCGCCAUGGUCGCCUCGCUCCGCUUCCUCUGGGCCUAGAGCAGCUCCUUCUCUCAACGCUCCACUGAUACCUCAGAUGCUCCCAAAUCAGAAUUUAAAAAAAAAGGAAAAGAAAACA